AUCAGGUGAUAUUGUUAAUGCAUAUGGAAUAACUAAAAUUGAAAUUCCUGGUAACAGCAAUUUUGCUAUAGUUAUGAAUUAUUUUGAAGAUGUAAAUUUACGAGAUUAUUUAAAGAAAAAUCACGUGACGCUAAGUUUAGAAGAUAGAGUGUUUGCCAUUUGGC